UCCCCGUUUCGCGCUUUCCCGCGCUGUAUUCUUCAUUUUCUAAACAAUUUUGAUACUUAUGUUUAUGUGUGAUGUAUAGAAUAUUUACAGUAUUUAUAAAAGUGUAUAUUUUGUGUUAAAGAGUAAUUAAUAGUCUAUAUUUAUAUAUUAGCGAUGAGUGGCAACGAGAAGUGCAGAAUGUACAAAGAAACUCAAUGUUCUAUAAAGAAACUCCUAGAGAAAGGUCUCAAAUUGGAUAGAAACAUAUACAUGAAUCAAAUAGUCCUGAUCAAGAAAGAUGUGACGAGUAAUGAUGAAAAUGUAAGAAAAACUGCAAUUGAAAUGUUAAACUUUUUGUUAUGCUUAAAUAAUGAGGAAAUACAAGUCGAACUGAUCAAGAUAUUUCAUGAGGAUACAGUCAACAAAUUCAUACAUAACUGUAUAUUAAAGUCAAUUAAACAGAAGGUUGUGGACUGUAUAUCAGAAAAGAAGUAUAAUUUUACAAAUAUUCUUUCAUCUUGGCGGAAUCAAAACACAAAUAAGCUCAUAAAUAUUAUAGAAGACGUAUGUGUUAACAUUGUACCAAAAGAUAGAUGUAAGAUAUUUUUUAUUAAUACUGUUAUUCCUGCAAUGAUGGCGAUAAAUACAAAUAAUGAGAUUCGAGAUGCUUUAAUUGAUAUAGCAUUUAUGAUGUCAACUGUUUUAUCUAUAGGCGAGUUAAGUUCAGAGGAACGGGAAUUAUUUCUUAGACAUGUAAACACAGAGUAUGUAAUAAAUAUUGGAGAACUGAGAGACAAAGAUUAUCCUAAUUGGCAUAAUUUGUGGAUAUUUUUGGUUAGGUUUUGCGACAAACACAUUCACUACUCAAUGGACCUGACAAAUAGACUGUUACGGGUUGUAGAAUUUGCUUUCAGAAAUUCAUCAAUUCAACAGAGGUUAAAGGGAUAUGAUUGUUGGAAGGAACUGAUUGACAAUGCAAGUCUAGAUAUGAAUCACAUGUGUAGUGCCAAACAAAUAAAACUUCUAAUAACUCCAUUGAAGGCGAAGUUUUCGAAGCAAGAAGUUGUAAUUUGUAAGAGAUUCGAUGUUUUUACAUAUUUGUUAGAAAAAUUACAGCAUAAAGCGGUGCUAUGCCUCACUGAAUUUUUAGAAUUUUGCUUCGGACCAGUUGGCGAUAACAAAGAUGCAAGUAAAACGGGCCAAGGUAAAAGUGUACCACAAAUUUGGACCAAGAGUGCAAAAGUAUUGAUAGAAAUAAUAGGACAUAGUCAUGGAAAGACUGUGUCAUGUUUAUCGACAGAAGAUAUUAUAAAAUUGGAAAAACCUGUUGUAAACUAUACAAAUAUAUUAAGUUUUUAUAAAAUUAUUAUAAAUUCUGUUGCGGAAUGUUGCACGCUUUUAAAGGAAGUGGAUAUACAGUCAAAACGAGAAACAGUGAUAAAAUGUUUGUGGAAAUCCGUUUUUAAUCUAAUUAUACCAACCUCGGAAGCCAAUAGGAUGAGGUAUUUUCAGAUAGUUGUGGAUGUUCUCGAUAAUUAUCUUGCACAAAGCAGGGAAAAUCCUUAUUUCGAAGAUCUUUUGAUUCUGAUUUUUACUGUCCUAAUGUCCUAUGAUGAGGAAUUUGUCUAUGAAGUCAUGGAAUACAUUCUAAAGCAAUUGAUAAGGAUACUUUUUACUGUAGAUGAUUUUCCAUUAAGUGUUGUUGAUAAGUUCAAAGCAGUCAUAACACAUUGGUUCACAAAAAUUUUUAUGGUUGAAAAUAAAAUAAAUAUUUUAAAAGAAAUAAUGAUACUAUUUACAAAGCUGAAGCCUUUGAAAGAAAACGUUUCAUAUGCUGCUAAGAUAUGGCUCUGUUUAGCUAACGAGCUAGUUGCAGAUUUUAGUACAGAACAAAUUGAACAAUUCAGCGAUUUUAACAGUUUUUUCAUGUGGCCGGCUUACCACCUGCACCAUUUGGAUGAAGUAACAAAAAAACAAGUCGUAUUGCAUUGGAUGAAGCUGUACAGGAAAAUAACGACAGAUUCAGAAAACAAGAAGCUCCAUGUUAUGAAAGACUUGCAGAAUAUUUUUAAAAGCAAUCCUUUACUGAAUCCCGACGUUGUUUCCUUAUUAAAUGUGAUGUCCCAAUUUGAAACAAAAUUCUCAAAGGAAUUCGUUAAUAAUAUAAUGAUUGUUUCAUCCCAAAUUCUACAACUACCUAACUUAAAAACAGAAGAGGAACAAAAAAUAACAGCAUUGGUGAUGCAGUACUUCGAACCGUCAUUAGAAUGUUACUUAAACGACGCUAACGAUGAAUUAAUAGGCAACAUUUGCUCUUGCAUCGAACAUAUUCUACGUAUCCACAAGGGUUACAAACUACUUGAUUCUUUGGCAACAUUUAUGAAAAAUUCUCCGAAUUUAAGGUUAAAAUUUUCCACACACCUUUCCUCCUUGCUGUUAGACCUCUUUAACAAAGAAAGCGACACCAACAGCUACAACGCUAAGGAAUUGCAGAAAGUGCUUCAGGUGUUGAAUUUGGAGAACAUCGAGAAAGACAAUUUGACUUCCACAUUUAUUCCUCCUGUUGGUAGAUCGGCACGGAUAGCUCAACUGGCCAAAAGCUCUCCCCGAUCUCCCCAAAAAAGAGGAAAAAAUGUCGACCCUACCUCCCUGCGGUUGUUCGGUAAAGACCUGGAAACUUUAUCUCCGCUCCACAUCAAAGGCAGCCAGUUAAAUAAUAUCAUUCCUAAACCCAGGAAAAUGAUAAAUAUAUCAAAAACAACACCUCGCAAUUCACCAUCGAUUAAUGAUGAGAAGUCGUCAGAUUUCGUCCCUAUCGACACAGAAGUGAAAUUCCAACCGGAGAAGUUAAGCAAUCACCAAAAGGAGGUACUAAGAAAAAGAAGAGAAGACAUACCUGCACUCUAUCAGGAUUUGUCGCAAAGCACGAGCCAAGACAUGUUUUCUUCUUCGUCUUCUUCCAAAGGUUUUGAAAAGACUGACCAGGAAGAUCCCGAAGAUAAGAGAAAGGUUAUCGUUGAGGUUAUCCAGGACCAAUUCAAUGUUGAUGGCUUUCCAACGGAAAAGAAAGAUGAAAAUCUAUUCCAAGCACCUACCGAUAUCAUUCCAAAAUUGCCAGUGCAGGCCAUCAGCGAUACUAAUGUGCCAAAUGUGUUCCCUGACGCGGCACUGAGUUCUGAGAUAAUCCCGGAAGCUCCUAUACAAACUAUCGAAGACUUAAUACCAAACACGGACUUAAACUUUGAGGGCAAUUUAUUCCUGGAUGCUAUGCUACCCUCUGAAAUAAUUUCCGGGGAUGCGAUACAGGCCAUUAACGAAUUAACUGUGUCGAGUAAUGAAAUAAACGCCGAUGAAAAAUUACCUCCACAAACUGCUGAAGGCCAGCACACCUUGGAUCCUGACGAAACCAUGAUACAUGAAGAGAGAGUAGCAGAAAGUGGAGGUAAUAAAGAGGAAAGCAACUCAAAGGAAUUAGAACAUAAAGAAGAGUUGGAUCAUAACAAACAAGAGGAACCUGUGGACAAGCGACCAUAUCCACUCGCGGUUGUAGUCGAAGGAUCUGCCAAAUCUGAGGCUGAAGAAAAAGAGAAAAGAAGAAAGCAGAAAAUUGAGGCAGAGUUGCAGAAGUUGAGGAUGGAUAUAGUGGGGGCAGAGGAAUUUUUGGCCGCUUCAAGGAGAACUAGGACAAGGGAGAAGCCAAAGAAACUGGAUGAUUUUCCGAACAAAAUGGCGAAAAAGGAAGAAAAACUGUCUCCUCAUAGAUAUACGUUGAGGAAGUCAUUGAAUGUUGAAGAGUCUGAGUCCGCGACAGAAAAAAAUAGAAGGAAAACUAUUGGAACAGUUCAAGAGACUAAAAGUGUAAUUGAAGAUCCUUCCAGAAUUAUCAUUGAAGAUAAAUUUAACAAGCCUAAACAUCCUGACACUCCAAAAUCCAGAGGGCGAAGGCUUUGGAAGUGCAAGUCGGAAGAUAAAGCAAAAUCAAAUGCAAGUUCAAAACUAGAAGACAGCCCCGAGACUCCUAAAAAUCGAGGAAAACCAAAGAAAGUAUUUGGUAAAGAAGAAAUGAGUGAAAAUAAUGAUAAAGGAGAGAAAAGAAAACACAGUAGCGGAGAUGAGGAGUCGGAAGACAUAAUAGAGAGUUCCCAAGAAUUCCACGUUUUUAUUACACCUUUCAAUUCGUCCAAAAAGAAAAGCCUUAUCGACACCAGCUCUCCUGAAAAGAAAUUAGACAAAUCCGAGGAGAAAACAUUGGUGCAACAGAAAACAAUGAUCAAAGACGAUUUUCCUGAAAUAAAACAGAAUUUAAAUGAAAUAUUUAAGGAAGAAUAUGUAGCACACAUUGAAGAGGAAAAUAAAGUUGCCGAACCAACCACCCCUGCAAAUGUAGAAGAAGUCAGAGAAACGAUUCAUGACGUUGCCGAUACCAAGCAAGUGAAAAAUAAACUCGACGAGGCUGGAGAGGUUCAGCUUGAAGCUAACACCUCCCAAGACACAACAGUGACACAAGAAUCGACACAAGACAUUACACAAGAUGAAAGUCGGGCAGAAGAGACAGAGACUCAAACUGUAACAACUCAUGAUACUCAAACACAGAGUACCCAGACCCAAGACACCCUGACCCAGUCCGAAUUUUCUACAGUUAGUCAGGACAUCCGCCCUCCUGUCGUUUAUUUCGAUCUGCCAAAGAAACCCGAACUGACCGAGUCGGAAAGGAUAAUUUGUCGGAUGGAUACCAGGUCUCUUUGCAUAGAUCCAAGCCAAACUCACUCAGGAGACCUGUUGGUGGGGGAGUUCGAAAUCAAAUUAGAAUUGUCGGAUCAUCAGAAGUUGUCCAUGGAAAUGGAGGAUGUUUUAGAAUCACCAAUAUCAAAAGCAAGUAGCAGCCUUCCAUCUUCGCCGGUGACCAAGGAGACCCCUAACAGAACCUCCGAACUAUUGAACAAUACAUUGGAUAUUUCUCCUAUAAAUUCCAAAUGUAGUUCAGAUGAUGGCGAACCUGAAGACAACAGAGUGCCCAUUUCAAUCAACUUCAAGGCGGAUAUGGAAGAAUUGGACAAAAUUGAGAAAGAGAAGAUGCUAGAACUAAUGUUAGAAGGAAAUGUCGAAAAACACCAAGAUAAUGAAGAGUUUGUGAACCAAGACAGGCAAUUGGUAAACCUGAACGAAAAUGGAGAGAUGCCUGUCCUUCUUGGCGAUAUUCUCACGGAAUUAGAACGGAUUCCAAACCAAGCUGAUAAGGGUUCCCGACAAAACGAACCCAUUUCUAUGAAGAUGGAAGAAGUUCCGUACAAAGUUGAACGGAAUUUUGACACAGUUGCUCCUAAAGAUGUACCGGACCAACAAAACGACAAAAUUGAUAACACUCCUCUCCAAAUUGAAGAAACACAACACCAACCAAAUGAACCAGAAGAUGAUACCUGCCGAGUUGAAGAAGUUUGUCACAAGAAACUAGACAUGCCCGAUAUCGGAAGCACGAAGUCCGCAAAAGACAGUACCAUUCAGGAGAGAGCUUCCAGACUUUUGAAUAUGGUGAAUGUCAGCUCGCCGAUGACCCACAGGUUAUUUAUUAAGAAACGGAGUGUGACAAUGUCUCCAUCUACAGCCAGAAUCAAAAAGUUGAUGUCCAAUUUCAACCAAAAUCCUAGUUCCGAGGAGGCUAGCAGAGAUGUGAAGGAAGAAGAUCUCUUGACGUUUUCGAGGGAGGUGCCUAGUCCAAUGGCUGUACCGAGGAGCAGCAUUUUGAAGAGGAAAAUGUCGGAUGGUUCAGAGUCUGACGGAAUUUCUCCUUGCGCGAAGAGAAAGAGAGUGAACUUCAGCGAUCCUUGCCUCACUUCGAAGAAACUAUUCAUCAAAGACGAGUACAAUCGCGUUUCAGAAGCUAAUCCGGUCUUUGACGAGUUUAUACAAUCAGUGACCGAGGAAGAACAAGUUCAUAGAGCUUCGGGUUCUCCCGAUGAGUCGUCAAGCUCCGAAAAGCUGACAGAGACAGAAAACUUCGAAACAGAACCCAGUUUGGAGAUGGUGAACCCUCUAAUGUUGAAGAAAGACAAACCGAUCUACCCCAAAUUGGUGGAUUGCCAGGAGAACGUUAUCUUGAUACUCAAACGGGUUACCAGCCCCAUGUUCAUAACCACGUUGAUGAACAAAUUGAAAAACAAGGAGAUUAAAACGAUAGGAGAUCUGGCCAAGCAGAGCGAAGCGGAAAUCCACCGUUUCCCUUUUAAAGUCCCAGUCGUUCCUAAUGUCUAUAAGGCGUUAGAUAGUUAUUAUAAGAAGAACAUUGAUAAGUUCAAGAGGGAGGAGUCGGAGAAUGGAGAACCACCUAAAGUAAAUGGGAUUGAGGAAAGUAAGAGGCUGGGCGUGAUUAAGAAAACGUCUCCCAAGAAAUUGGACCCUAAAGCUGAGUUUAGGCAGUUGAUAGAAAAAUCAAAAACCGAGGGAACAUUUGAAGAACUCCUCAAAAUGAUCUUAUCUUCCACUGAAAAACAACAAAUUCUUGGUCUUGUCAAAACUCAGUAUAAACUUGAAGUUGAAGAUUUCCUCUCAGAUUCUGAUUUUAAGGUUAUCAUCAAACAUAUAAUAAAAAAAAUUGGUCUUCCAAGCACACUGAAAAUGUUAACAAGUACAAUCGAAGAUCCCGGAGAAGAAUCGGUUUAUUUCACAUGCAUUAUGAAGCAGUCCCUUGAGAAGCGAUCUCUCUCUGACGUCUUUGAAACGCGACCACUAGAUGACAUUAAAACAGGCCUCGAAGAGACCAUAAGUAAGAAUGUUUUCAGCAGACAAGAUGUUAUAGACCAGUGUCUUCUUCCGCUUAUAGAAAAUCCGAGCGAUAUUUUUAGUUACUUAAAUCGAAUAUCUGUCGUACAAUUGAGCGAUAUCGUUGUUCAGAGGUUGCAGAGUACCAACCUGACAGAGUUUUUCGACAGAAUAUUAGAUUCAUAUGGUAAUGAGGCUGAAGUAACUUUGAGAAAAGACAUUUUGGUUCGUGUUAAAUCUCCCAACGAGAUAGUUGGCAUUUUUCAGGAUUGUAUCGGCACUCAGAACGAGGAAAACCAACAACAAAUCAUGGUGGAAAUGUUCAAAUUUGUUAGUGGGAGACUUAACGUAAAUACGCUUUUGGAGCUCCACGUUGAGUUUUUGAAAAAACUUCCUAAUUUGAUGGUGAGUAGUGAAAAAUAAAGUUUAUGAAUGUUAAUUUAUAGAGUAUUUAACUUUUUUUUUAUAUAAAGACUGCUUUUGUAUAUAAACUGUUCUAGUUAUUUUUAAGAAAUAAAG